UAUAGUGAGCUAGCUAUGGUAGUAAUCUCCCAAUCGGUCACCCAGCAGCUGCAAGGAUAAAAACACUCCAGCCGCAACAUGGAAAACAACACUUCACCUUUUAACAAACCAAAGGUUGAACUUCAUGUCCAUUUAGAUGGGAGCAUCAGACCCGAAACCAUUUUACACUUUGCUAAGAAAAGACAAAUUGAGCUUCCUGGAGAUACUACUGAAGAACUUCUGCGACAUGUAUCCUACAAAGAACCCCUCAGUCUCACCGAAUUCCUUGCCAAAUUUAAUAUAUACAUGCCUGCUAUUGCUGGUGACCGAGAAGCUAUUAAGAGAAUUGCCUAUGAAUUUGUUGAAAUGAAAGCCAAAGAAGGAGUGAUUUAUGUAGAAACCCGAUACAGUCCUCAUUUUCUAGCUAACUCCAAGGUGGAUCCCAUUCCAUGGGGGCAAAAAGAAGGUGACGUGACUCCCGACGACGUAGUUGACCUUGUUAACCAAGGUUUACGAGAAGGAGAGAAAGCCUUCAACGUCAAAGCCAGGUCUAUUCUAUGCUGCAUGCGUCACAUGCCAAAUUGGUCAGUCGAGGUUGUGGAACUUUGUAAGAAAUACAAAAACGAUACGGUUGUUGCCAUUGACCUUGCAGGUGAUGAAUCACUUAACUGUGAAGCCUACCCAGGACAUAAAAAGGCUUAUGAGGAAGCAGUAAAAUGUGAAAUCCAUCGGACAGUCCAUGCCGGCGAGGUAGGACCACCACGUAUCAUCAAGGAGGCCAUUGAGGUAUUAAAGGCAGAAAGGAUCGGACAUGGCUACCACGUUAUCGAAGACCCCGUCCUUUACAAAGAGCUGUUGGAUAAGGAAAUGCAUUUUGAGACAUGUCCUUGGUCCAGCUACCUCACAGGCGCCUGCAAUCCAGAUUUCACUAAACAUCCUAUCAGACAAUUUAAGCAAGACCGGGCAAACUAUUCUAUAAACACUGAUGACCCUCUCAUAUUUGGAUCAACCCUAGAUGUCGAUUAUUCGAUUGCAAAUAAGCACAUGGAGUUUACAGAGGAAGAGUUCAAGCGAGUGAACAUUAAUGCUGCAAAAUCCUGUUUUCUACCAGAAAAAGAGAAGCAGGAACUGCUCCAUAAACUGUACGAAGCUUAUGGAAUGGUCAUCACAACUGGAUUAUAAUCAAUAACUCGGCAAGUCACUCCAAACUCCAGUUUCGUCCAGUCCUCAUUUACCAUAAUGACGUUUCUUUUCUUUCCGUUGGACACUUUGACCCAUGACUGCUUCUUGGUGUAGCCAAAUUAUUCUUAUUAACGGACUAAACCCAUGAGAUGAAGGAGCUUUUUAUCUGGUUCUACAAGGGGAUCAAACUGACGUGUGAAAGCCAACCUCAAAAUAAUUAACAAUCUGAAGUGAAGAACAGUUCGAGUCAUUUGAGCCAAUCUUUGAACCCAUUGUAUUUAGAGAAAAAAAUAAAAACAAAAAACAGCCUCCUUCUAUCCCCCCCUC